CAGAGAGACCCCAGCAGCAGCAGCAGCUGAUGAUGAAGAGAGAGGCAGUGGCAGAGGGGGGGCACCUUUUAUUUCUAUUUUUAAAGGGACAGGACACUAAUUUUACCCCACUUCAACCUUGAAUUCAGGGGGGUGGGGGGAAGGCGGCUGAGUUCCUUCCCCCACCCUCCAGCCCCGAGACCUGAGAGGGGGAUUGAGCCUGAGAGAGAAGGAGAAGGAGUUUCUUCUUCUUCGAAAACCCUCGUCCACGACUCCUACCCCUUCACCCCUCCAGUAGCCUCCCUCCCGAGCCCCCUCCACCCUCCUCCUCUUAGGCCGUGAGAGGAGAGAAAGAGACCUAAAGCCUCUUAGCAACACAGACCCUUCUUUGCUGCUGCUGCUGCUGUUGCUGCUGCUACUGCUGCUUGGCCCUGGCUGGAGACAUCUCACUACACCCAGGAGCAGCCACUUCCCCACUCUCCUCCUCCUUCCCUCCUCCUCCACUCCCCCCCUUUAUUACCCUUUGUGUCAUCCUCCACAGCUCCAGGGAAGGCACUCCAAAGUGGGGGGCAGGAAAGAUUACUACUUGUCUUUCUAUGGAAGUGUAUUCCAAAGAUCCCUAGUACUGUGAUGCUUUUUGAGAAUACCAGUUUCUGCGUAUGGGAAGUAGAUAUUGAAAGUUACAUGGUUUACAGACAAUAUCUUUAAAAGACAGACACUCAAGAGAGAAGAGGUGCUCCCGUACAGGGACUCAUAAAGGCAUAGAGCAUCUAGAGACUUACUGCCUCCGUUACGCUGCUGGGUCUUGCAGCACUUGUUAUGUUUUUAUCAGUUUCUCUCCAGAAGAGAUUGGAAACCCAAGUGCCUACAGAGGCCAGUCUGGUGGGAAUGAAGCAGGAAGCCGCUGCAGUGAACUGGAAAACCAAGUUCCAGAUAAUUGUCACAAGUCAGGCAUGUUGACCUAGUGAUACCGCAUUGUCCAGUUUAUCAGGCUACAUUAUUGGGAUUUUGAAGACAUGAAAACAUCAGAUGAACCAACCUGCAACAUCUUGGAUUCAGAUUGGAAGAUGAAGAGAAAGUUUAAAGAAUGUGGCCUCUAAAGGCGGGUAGUACCUGGAAAUAUUAACCGACUCACAUUGUAAAAAUGAGACCGAUUUCUAAACAGUAGAGAUUAUUUUAGUCCAACAUCAAGGUUCAAGACAACAUGUUGAACUAAAAACUACACUCCUCCCCUCCCCCACUUCAGACAGGUACCAGCAUUGGUAAAUAUGAUUUUCCUUAGUCAGAAGCACUCCUUGUUACCCAUGUAGAUCAUUCUUAGGAAUUAAAUAUUGGUUAUUUAAUGUAGAUUAUAAUGGGAAACUGAUUUUUUCCACAAUGGCAGAUUUCAAGGACUUGGUUCCAAACUGAGCCGAAGCAUCCCAGUGCAUUUUGUAGUCUGGGAACAACUAUGCUGCAUUGGCCAUUUUUGAAGGCCAUCAUGCCCUGUAAUAUAAGGAUAUCAUCUUAUUGCUGAUAUCUUUGGAGAGUACCAAGCAGAUACAGAAAAUGAAUGGAGGCAAGGAGUGUGAUGGAGGGGACAAGGAUGGAGGUCUUCCGGCUAUACAAGUUCCUGUGGGCUGGCAGCGCCGUGUGGAUCAAAACGGAGUUCUUUAUGUCAGUCCCAGUGGGUCUUUGUUAUCUUGCUUGGAGCAGGUUAAAACAUACCUGCUUACUGACGGAACAUGCAAGUGUGGCUUGGAAUGUCCUCUUAUUCUUCCCAAGGUGUUUAAUUUUGAUCCCGGAGCUGCUGUGAAACAAAGAACUGCAGAAGACGUUAAAGCAGAUGAAGAUGUCACAAAGCUAUGCAUACACAAAAGAAAAAUCAUCGCAGUGGCCACACUUCAUAAAAGUAUGGAAGCCCCACAUCCUUCUCUGGUGCUUACCAGUCCCGGAGGAGGAACAAAUGCAACUCCAGUAGUACCUUCACGGGCAGCAACUCCAAGAUCUAUAAGAAGUAAGCCUCAUGAAGGAAUUACAAAUUCUGUAAUGCCUGAAUGUAAGAAUCCUUUCAAGUUAAUGAUUGGAUCGUCAAAUGCCAUGGGAAGGCUGUAUGUACAAGAACUGCCUGGAAGCCAGCAACAAGAACUCCACCCUGUCUACCCCCGGCAAAGAUUGGGCAGCAGUGAACAUGGACAGAAAUCUCCAUUCCGUGGCAGCCACGGAGGCCUGCCCAGCCCAGCAUCGUCAGGAUCCCAGAUUUAUGGAGAUGGCUCAAUCUCUCCAAGGACUGACCCACUUGGAAGCCCCGAUGUUUUCACAAGAAAUAAUCCUGGUUUUCAUGGAGCUCCCAAUUCUAGUCCUAUUCACCUGAAUAGGACUCCUCUUUCUCCACCUUCAGUAAUGCUACAUGGUUCUCCUGUACAGUCAUCCUGUGCAAUGGCUGGAAGGACUAAUAUACCUCUUUCCCCAACCUUGACUACAAAGAGUCCAGUAAUGAAAAAACCAAUGUGUAAUUUUUCAACUAAUAUGGAAAUACCACGAGCAAUGUUCCACCACAAACCACCCCAAGGCCCACCUCCCCCUCCACCUUCUUGUGCUCUUCAGAAAAAGCCAUUAACAUCUGAGAAAGAUCCACUUGGCAUUCUUGACCCUAUUCCUAGUAAACCGGUGAAUCAGAACCCUGUUAUCAUUAAUCCAACUAGUUUCCAUUCAAAUGUCCACUCUCAGGUACCUGUGAUGAAUGUAAGCAUGCCUCCUGCUGUUGUUCCUUUGCCAAGUAAUCUCCCUUUGCCAACUGUAAAACCUGGUCACAUGAAUCAUGGGAGUCAUGUACAAAGAGUUCAGCAUUCAGCUUCAACCUCCCUGUCCCCUUCUCCAGUGACAUCCCCAGUGCACAUGAUGGGGGCUGGAAUCGGAAGGAUUGAGGCAUCGCCCCAAAGAUCACGCUCAUCUUCCACAUCAUCAGAUCACGGAAAUUUCAUGAUGCCACCUCUAGGACCCCAGGUCACUUGCAGUGGUAUCAAGGUUCCACCCAGGUCACCAAGGUCAACAAUAGGGUCCCCAAGACCUUCAAUGCCAUCAAGCCCUUCUACCAAGUCCGAUGGACAUCAUCAGUACAAGGAUAUCCCUAACCCAUUAAUUGCUGGAAUGAGUAAUGUACUAAAUACCCCAAGCAGUGCAGCUUUUCCUACUGCAUCUGCCGGAAGUGGUUCUGUAAAGAGUCAGCCUGGUUUGCUGGGAAUGCCUUUAAAUCAGAUCUUGAACCAGCACAAUGCUGCCUCCUUUCCAGCAAGUAGUUUACUCUCAGCAGCAGCCAAAGCACAGCUAGCAAAUCAAAACAAACUUGCUAGUAACAACAAUAGCAGCAGUAGCAGUUCUGGAGCUGUUGCUGGCAGUGGCAACACUGAAGGACAUAGCACUUUAAACACCAUGUUCCCUCCUACUGCCAACAUGCUUCUCCCAACAGGUGAAGGGCAAAGUGGUCGAGCAGCACUAAGAGAUAAGCUGAUGUCUCAGCAAAAAGACUCAUUGCGGAAAAGAAAACAGCCACCUACCACGGUUUUGAGUUUGCUCAGACAGUCUCAAAUGGAUAGUUCUUCAGUUCCUAAACCUGGGCCCGACUUGCUAAGGAAGCAAGGUCAGGGUUCUUUUCCCAUCAGUUCAAUGUCUCAGUUACUACAGUCUAUGAGUUGUCAAAGCUCUCACUUGAGUAGCAAUAGUACCCCGGGUUGCGGGGCCUCAAAUACUGCUUUGCCUUGCUCUGCUAACCAGAUGCAUUUUACAGAUCCCAAUAUGAACUCCAGUGUUCUUCAGAAUUCAUUGACACAGAACAUACCUUUAAGAGGGGAAGCCGUGCACUGCCACAAUGCAAACACUAACUUUGUUCACAGUAACAGUUCAGUCCCAAACCACCAUCUUGCAGGUUUAAUAAAUCAAAUUCAGGCUAGCGGGAACUGUGGGAUGCUCAGUCAGUCGGGCAUGGCUUUAGGAAAUUCAUUACAUCCCAAUCCACCUCAGUCAAGAAUUUCAACGUCCUCUACUCCAGUGAUACCAAACAGCAUUGUUAGCAGCUAUAAUCAAACAAGUUCUGAAGCAGGCAGGUCAGGACCGUCAUCCUCCAUUGCCAUAGCCGGCACCAGCCACCCUGCCAUCACAAAGACAACAUCUGUUCUUCAAGACGGCGUCAUAGUCACCACUGCAGCUGGAAACCCACUGCAGAGCCAGCUGCCCAUCGGGAGCGAUUUUCCUUUUGUUGGCCAGGAGCACGCACUUCAUUUUCCAUCCAACAGCACUUCAAACAACCAUCUUCCACACCCCUUGAACCCCAGCCUCCUCAGUUCUCUACCUAUCUCUUUGCCAGUGAAUCAACAGCAUCUCCUAAACCAGAAUCUAUUAAAUAUCCUCCAGCCUUCAGCAGGAGAAGGCAAGUCUGAGAUCAACCUCCACCCCUUAGGUUUUCUCAACCCGAAUGUAAACGCUGCUUUAGCUUUUCUCUCCGGUGAUGUGGAUGGGCAGGUAUUGCAGCCUGUUCACUUUCAGCUCUUAGCAGCCCUGCUUCAGAACCAAGCCCACGCAGCUGCCAUGCUUCCCCUGCCAUCUUUCAAUCUGACCAUCUCAGAUCUUUUUCAACAGCAAAAUACCCCCUUUCCCUCAUUAACACAGAUGACAGCCCCACCAGACCAUUUGCCAAGCAAUCAGUCAGAGAACAGCCAAGCUGAGACCCUUUUAACCAGCCCCCUGGGGAACCCUUUACCAAGCUUUGCAGGCAGUGACACUGCUUUUAACCCCCUGUUCCUCCCAGCUGUCACUGGGGCCUCAGGAUUAAUGGCCUUGAAUCCCCAGCUGUUGGGAGGUGUCCUGAACUCGGCAUCGGCCAACACCGCUAAUCAUCCAGAGGUUUCCAUAGCAACUUCUUCCCAGGCAACCACUACCACAACCACUACAUCAUCAGCAGUGGCAGCACUGACUGUCUCAACACUUGGUGGGACAGCAGUGGUGUCAAUGGCAGAAACAUUGCUGAAUAUAUCUAAUAAUGCUGGGAACACACCUGGUCCAGCUAAACUCAACAGUAACUCUGUGGUGCCACAGCUACUUAACCCUCUACUGGGGACAGGUUUGCUUGGUGACAUGUCCUCAGUAAACAAUACUUUGAAUAACCAUCAACUGACUCAUCUACAGUCGCUGUUAAACAACAAUCAGAUGUUUCCUCCAAAUCAGCAGCAGCAGCUUCUCCAGGGCUACCAGAACCUCCAAGCAUUUCAAGGACAGCCCACAAUCCCUUGCCCAGCUAACAGUAACCCCAUGGCUUGCCUGUUUCAGAACUUUCAGGUGAGAAUGCAGGAAGAUGCAGCUCUCCUCACCAAAAGAAUAAGCACUCAGCCAGGGCUCACAGCACUUCCUGAGAAUCCAAACACUGCACUCCCACCCUUCCAAGAUACAUCUUGUGAUCUGCAGCCGAGGAUGGACCCGCCUCUUGGUCAGCAGGUGAAGGACGGCCUUGUUGUGAGUGGCCAAGGUGAUGCCUCCGUAGAUGCCAUUUACAAGGCAGUUGUUGAUGCAGCCAGCAAAGGAAUGCAGGUUGUCAUCACCACUGCAGUCAACAACACGACCCAGAUCAGCCCCAUUCCAGCUCUGAGUGCCAUGAGUGCCUUCACUGCUUCGAUUGGUGACCCAUUAAGUCUCCCCAGUGCUGUCAGUGCAGUCAUCCAUGGACGGAACGUGGGCACUGUCGAUCAUGACGGGAGGCUGAGGAGUGCCAGAGGGGCUCGGCUGCCCAGGAACCUGGACCAGGGGAAAAACUCAAACGAAGGAGAUGGGUUUGAAUACUUCAAGUCAGCAAGUUGCCACACAUCUAAAAAACAGUGGGAUGGGGAGCAAAGCCCUGGAGGGGAAAGGAACAGGUGGAAGUGUGAGGACUUUUUAGAUCAUGCAGGCCAUGUUCACAGUAGUCCUUGUCACGAGAGGUCCAACAAUGUCUCUACACUGCCAUUUCUGCCUGGGGAACAGCACCCAAUACUGUUACCACCAAGAAACUGUCAAGGGGAUAAAAUUCUGGAGGAGAAUUUCAGGUUUAAUAACUACAAAAGAACUAUGAUGAGUUUUAAGGAGAGGCUAGAGAACACCAUGGAGAGAUGUGCACACAUUAAUGGGAACAGACCACGACAGAGUCGUGGUUUUGGAGAGUUGCUGAGCACCACCAAGCAAGACCUGGUCCUAGAGGAGCAGUCUCCGAGCUCCUCAAACAGUUUGGAAAGUUCUCUGGUCAAAGACUACAUCCAUUACAAUGGAGACUUUAAUGCCAAAAGCAUUAAUGGGUGUGUGCCUAGCCCUUCAGACGCUAAAAGCAUUAGUAGUGAAGAUGACCUACGGAAUCCAGACUCCCCCUCUUCAAAUGAGUUGAUACAUUAUAGGCCAAGGACGUUCAACGUUGGCGACUUGGUCUGGGGCCAAAUCAAAGGACUGACUUCCUGGCCUGGAAAAUUAGUAAGAGAAGACGACGUUCACAAUUUAUGUCAACAAAGCCCCGAGGAAGGGAAGGUGGAACCCGAGAAGUUGAGGACACUAACAGAAGGUUUUGAAGCCUACAGCCGAGCCCGGAAAAGAAACAGAAAAAGUGGAAAGCUAAAUAACCAUUUAGAAGCUGCUAUUCAUGAGGCCAUGAGUGAACUGGACAAAAUGUCUGGGACUGUUCACCAAAUCCCCCAGGGAGACAGACAAAUGAGACCCCCCAAACCCAAGAGGAGGAAGAUCUCCAGAUAACAGGGACUGCUCCGCCACGCACAGUGUUUAUUCGAGGGAUGUGCACAGACAUAUCUAUAGAUAGGUAUUGAUCCAGCCACUGUUGUGUCGAUGUUUAUACUCUGGCAGAGAGCUACCGCCGCCACAGGGUGCUAAAGGAAACGUGAUACAGUAUUUUUUUGGUCAGGAAAGGUAAUGAAUGCCGGAAAACACAAUCAAAAUCCCUGAAUAAUGAGAGUAAUAAGUGGUCAAGAGAUUACUAAGAAACUCUUUUUUCUAUAAUACUAAAAUUGUGAUUAUAAGAAAUAGUCCAAAUGUUUCUGAAGAAUUUUCAAUGUUGUAUAUAGAAAAUACAGAAUUUCAUGGCGAUAUCAGAAAUGUAAAUAUUGUACAAUAUUGUCAUGUACAAGCGUACUUAAUGCACACUUUAUCUUUUAUUGUACAAAGAAAUAGUGUACAAAAUUCUUUGGUUUCUAUGGAGUACACCUACCAGAGACUACCAGUGUAAAGUGAUAAAUAAAAAUACAACCUAAAUGCUUUUCUAUGAUAAUGUAAAAGAUGCUGUUUUUGUAUUUAACAGCAGAGAAGAGGCAUGAUGCUGUAUUCCCUGAAUUAUGACAUGCACUGCACACCACCGAGUGUCCACUUCUAUUGUCUGUUUGCAAUGAACCUGGCCUGGAAGCUCUGGACUGGACUUCGGGUGUCCAGGAGAUUGAAACCUUGCAGAUUUCUAAAGGGAUGAGGGCUCACAGGUCUAAAUUAAGAAUUCAGAAACUGCAACCAUUUGUUGCAUAUUUUUUUUACCUAAGUUUUAAAGUAGAAUAGGUUUUAUAAAGAAAUCUUAGGAGGACUAUUUUACUCAGUCAUUUAUGUAGGCAACAUUCAGUAGCCACCUGUGGAACUACAUAGUUGAUGCUGCACCGCCACCGAGGCUCAGAGUUCAGUUUUUUUGCAGACAGUGCCUGGCAAGGUGAAACUUUCUGUUCCAAGACACGGAGGCUAAAGCCCCUCUUUGAAAUCACUAUCAGAAGCAAGGUUGAUUAUAAUUCAGUUUUUCUUUAAUAGCAAAAAGAAAUAUGAAUCAUCAAAGCAAAUUUCAUAUAUCCAUUCAUCAAUAUUACUUAAACCAGAAGUUAAGGUGGCUUACAAAAUUAUUAGCAAUGGUAAUUUUUUAUCAGUAUUAUGUAACAUAUCAGAUUUAUUUUAUUUAAAGAAUUAUUUAUACCAUUAACAGAUUCUUAUAUAUAUAUUAAUGUGGCUAAAUGUGCAGGUUAAAUCUAUUAACCAAAUUAUUUAUAUUAUAUUAAGAAAAAAAUUGAAACAAAUGUAGAAAGAAAAUACUACAUUACAAGUAUACAAACCUAAAACUGUGAGCCAUUGUAAAGUACAAGGUUAUUAAUAAGAAAUGUAGCACAACA